AAUAUAACACAAGCGGCUGUCAAGCGCAAACGGUAAGACAAAAUAAACAGACAGGAUCAGUAUCAGGCAAUUUAAUACGAUGUUUAUUUAAUUGACGCGCAAAUAACAAACUCAUUUUAGUAUUAGCGCAAACUGCCAGGCAAACUGCAAACUUCAAGAAUUAUAUUUCCAUUUUGCAUAUUUCCAUAGUCCCAGCGAUUUGUUGGUGCUAUUUUAAAGUUUUGUCCGUUGUCCGUAGCGUGUUUUGUAACAAAACUGAUGACAAACAUCGCCUCAAGCUAUAUGAACAGGUUUGUGAUUGGUCAUUCAUAACAAUUAAGUCAAAAGGUCACUGACCUUGGAUUGGAUGUUAAUCAAAUAAGUAUACGUGGCACUUUCAAUAUCAGCAUUUUGGCACGAAAAUUGCGGCAAAAUGUCUGAUAUGGAAUUGAAAUAUUGCGAUUUAAUCGACUUCUCAAAAAUGUGUGUGCCUGAAUACAACAUGCCUGAGUUUAGUGAUCGAGUUUUGGUGUUCGAUGUUAUGCGAGACGAGUGGGAAACUGCAAGUCUUGUACAAAGUUCUGCUAAUACUGCUGAGCCUGGUGUAUCACACUCUGGCGACUCAAUUGAGACCUCUGGUGACUUAAUUGAGACCUCUGGCAGCAAAAGAAGUCUGGAGAUAGCUGAUGAAGGGCCGGAACAGAAACGAAGAAAGAAAAUCGAGCCAAACAACGAAACUCGGGUUGAAUUGUUAGUGGCAGAUUCCGGAAGCGAAACAGAACCAACCUGCGAACAGAUAAAUGCUGAUUGCGAGAUUGAGAUUGGAAGCGCAAUGGAAAAUAAAAGUCACGAACCAGCCUGCGAACAAGCAGAAAAUAAGAAGCUUGACAAGCCUUCAACCUCACCACUACAUCCUUCUACAGAAGGCGUGCCUGAAAAAGCCGCAAUUCUUGAUUGUAACGGAAUACAGGAAAAUUUGAAUGAAUCACUACGACAGCACAAGAUUUAUGUGCACGGCCUAUGGCUUGCUGUUCAAAGUCCAUAUUUUCGGUCACUUUUACACUCAAGUGGCAUGAAGGAAACACAUGAUACAGAAGUUCACCUCAAAAUCCCAGAAUCAGAAGAAAAAGCGCAUCUCGUCCUCCUCGAGGCCAUGUACUGCAGCGAUGUGCUGAAUGACAAAUCAGUGGACGAACUGCUGGACGUGUUAGAGUUGGCUGACAAAUACGAUGUGAAGUUUGCUUUCAAGAAAUGCAAAUAUGUUCUUCAACAGAAUGCCACUACGUUUGAAAUCAGCAGAAAAAUAAUGCAUGUGAUAAAAGUGAAACAUAACAUGAACGAUAGUGAAGAUUUGGCAGUAACUUUACAGUUGGUUCUUGCCCAGGAGUUUAGCCCUUUAGAUGAAAACUGGCAAUCUGAGAAAUUUACCAGUCUGCCAGAACCGUCUGUGAAGUAUCUACUACGCAGUGAUGACUUGAUUGUCCAAUCAGAGAACACCGUAUUUCAUGCUUUGAUGCAUUGGAUGGAGCAAAACGAUGUUGAUCCUGCUGGUUUGGAAGAGACGAAUGAUCUGCUAGCUGCUGUACGGUUCAAGUUAGUUACAAUUGACUAUCUUUAUAAUGUUAUCAAGAACCAUCCAAUUGCCUUGAAGAUGCCAAAGUUUAGUGAGCUUUACCUCGGCGGUAUGACACAUCAUGCAAUUCCCGUAGAACAAAAAUCUUUGUUGGAAGAACCGCCUGUAUUAAGAAAGGAACACAAAGGAAAUAUUAUUCAGCACACGUUUGUUGUUAAGAAAGAGGAUUACGCCGAGACAUCGUCAGGAGGAGCAGUUGAGUUAAUUUCGGAUGAGUUUUGGGCAUGUGGUUACAAGAUGAGUGUACAUCUUUCAAUUUGUUGUUCCAGUUAUAGUUUUCAUUAUUCAGACUUGUCAAUGAGUGUUCAUAAUUUAAAUAAGGAAAGUUUGGUUCCUCUUAAAUUUGCAUUUUUGAAAAAUGGAACCACCAUGAGCCUGCAGGAAAAAACGUUUAAUCAGAAACAGUUAUCAUGCGCAGAACGUUGUCGAAAUUUAAAAUUACAAUCGUCAGAUUUUAGUAACGAUGAUACAUGCAAGUUGUGUAUUGUAGUAGAAGUUUCGUAAUCAAACCAAAACUCCCUUCAAAAACUUUUACCAGUAAGUAUACAAGAUCAUUGAACUAUAAGUAAACUGGAACGAUAAGUUCGCCGCCAUCUUUGAAGCCGGUUAUGAGUGUUUUCUGCAGUAGCCCCAGUCCUUUUUUACAAAAUGGUGCGAAAAAUACAGUUUAAAAAUCGUUAAAAUUUUCUCACUUUUGCUUCUUUCAAGACAUUUAUAUUUAUCCUAGAGCACACUUAGACUGUUAGACAACACAUCUUUUAUCUAAGGCACAUAAAAUAAGCAAAUAUUAUUUAGCUGCCGAAAUGUGACACGAACAAAACGAAACUCGGCAAAAAACCGCACGAAAAUUUAUGGUUUUUCUGAGUUUUUAGACUUUCCAGAAAGACUUCAGAGACAAAAUUAUACAAUUUAUGUAGAAAAAUCUUAUAUACGCUUGUUAAUGGGGUUCAAACAUCCAGAAACGUACUUUAAUAAGUUAAAAUUAAGGAUUAAAUUAGUAAAAAUACAUCGUUAAAAUUUUUGUGUAUUUAUUUUCGUAUACAUAUACCUGCGACCAGGCUGUACUUGAGCGCCCGAAAUUUGGCUUCACCCAAACAGGCCUUUAUCAUAGGAGUUAUCGUUCCAGUUUACUUAUAGUUCAAUGUACAAGAUAGACAAUGUGUAAACUAAUCAUUUUCUUUUUGUAACAAUGAAUAAUUAUUAAUUUUAAGUUCAUUAAAAUAGUGAUAUAUUAUUAAUUAAUAUAUUAGUUCAAUCAGCCUUUUCUUUGGUUAAGAAUCAUGAUCUAUUAAAGGACAUUAUUGUGCAUGUACGUAUGAUGCCAUUUCACUGACGUAACUUCCUUAAAGCAAUUCACACCAGUGAACUAUAUACAUGGAAGGCUGACUUCAGUCAGUGACGUAAUCAAAAAGUGAAGCCAACGAUGGUGGAUUUGGAAGCCAUUCUUGCGCGUCAUUCUCAGUCUCCUUACCCGCGCGGCCAACUGUCUACUGCAUUUCCCCACUGUAUGUGUGAGCAUGGAUAAUAAAAUAAAUGGAUAGGAAACUAGCUGACGUGACCUACUGUUUUCAAUGGGCUGAUGGCGUGAUUGGAUGUUGAAACCUAGUUGCAAACCAAAUUCUCAAAAACGGCAUGUUUAACAAUAAUAUAGCUAAACAUUUUAGUCAAAGAGCAAAUGAAUAUAACCACGCCAUUCUACGAUGAAAUCUCUAAGUAUUCCCAGUCAAUUUUAGCAAAUAUUCCAAGCACUAAACAGUGAAAAAGGCAUCCCGAAUUUCGUUAAAAUUGGGGACGCCAAUUUCGUAGCUACAAAUGUACAACAAAUACAAAACAAAGACGAAAAACAUUUACCUUGAAUACUUUGUCGUGGCUUAGGCAUGUUUUAAAACAAUUACCCAGUAUAUGCUUCAAUAUUACUCUUUUAAAGCGGAAAGUAUAGCGAAACAACAAAAAUGCCGAGAACUUUGCAAUACGCGUGACGUCACAGAUUGCAACUAGGUUGUUUUUGCUUACGUCAGCUAGAGUCCUAUCCAUUUAUUUUAUUAUCCAUGGUGUGAGUAAAUCUGUAUUUUUCGUUGCGAAUUCAACAACUAAUUUCAAACUUUUUUUGUGUUUUUUUGAAAAAAUCUGUAUUUUUAUAAAUUGGGAAUUUAUUUUUGCUUUGGUUGUUUCGCUUUCUUGUUUCUAUGGUGCUUUUCAGUUUUCACACCAUUAUUUAGCUUAUUUUAGUCCGUUUUCCUGACCUAAAACUGCUUUUUAACUGCAGUUUUCGAGGCAGUUUUUAGCCAAUUUAAUUCCAUACAUGUAAGAAAAUUUUGUUUUUUUAUUUUUUAUUUAAUAAAUCACUUUGAUGAUUAUUUUAUCUGUUUAUUUUAAUGAGUUAUUUAUGUGUGUGAAACCCUUGUCAAUAGGGGCAAUACAGAUAUUUUGAAAGAUUGAGUGACAUUUGUGUUUUGUUUUGUCACUCUUUGUCAUCUACAAAAACCACAAUCCCGCGCUAUUUUGUUUUCUUUCCACUCAAAUAUCACAUCUUUUAAAUAAAUAAUAAUUAUAAUUUAGAACUGAAUUCAACAAAACAUCAGAAUUCAACUUUUCAUUCAAAUUUAGUCUGUUUUUCACCAGAUUUUUACUCGGAAAAUGAAGAAAAAUAUAAAAAAAUGUUUGGCCGCGCACGUAAGGAGACUGAGAAUGACGCGCAAGAAUGCCUUCAAUUUCCGCCAUGUUUGGCUUCACUUUUUGAGCUCGAGUCAGCUUUCCAUGUAAUCCAGUGAUUCACACCUGGAAAUCAUCGAUCACGUCAAAUGGCGUGUAGAUCUCUGUACGAGUUGCACAGGUUAUUCCGCGAGGAGAAUUUGAUCGUACGAAGCGAAAAACAAAUUUCGGCCUAUAGCUGCGUUUUUCGCAAUGUUAACUGCUGCAGCGGUUAGGUCUAAACAAUCUACGUAUUAUAGAGUUUUAGAUUGACGUUCGUCAUUAUUACGGCAAACCGCAAACCGGUAGUCGGCGUACCCGUUACAAGUUUGCAGUUCGGAUUUUGAAGACGAUUUAGAUUUAGGCCUAAGGUUUUAACUUCCAAAAUGUGAACUUAAUCGGUGGGCAAUAGCAUCCCAAUCCAUUGGCUUUUGUGGCAGGCAGCUUGCAACCGCACUAGCUAAUGCAAGAUCAUGUUGUGUGCUUGGCUAACGAAAGGGUUUCGUGGUUAUGAGAUCUUUCCAAGUUCUGUAUUAGACACAAACAGAUUUUAUAUAAAAUUCGCAACAAAAUUAGCCUAAGUGUAAAACUUUCAAUCUCAAAAUUAUGAGAAAAACAAAUAACAACAAAAACAAUGUAAAUCAGCUAUGCAUUUGGGCUAUGCUUUUACCCGCCAUUUUGUUUAUUGACAUCGACUGAAUUCGACACAAUAUUUCAGUGGAAGACAAUAGUUUCAUAUCCUUAUUUUAUGCAAGAAAGAAAGUCAUAGUGAUAAUAAACAUAAGUGCCAUGUUUAUACGCGAGAAAAAGAACAAAAAAAUGCAUGAAAACCUUGAGGGAAACUACCUACCUGAAAACAGCCUACCUCGCGUAGAAACGUCUACUUCGAACGUGUAACCUGACGGCAAGAUGGCUGUCACGUGAUUUUUAGCCGUUUGCAGUUAGCGGGAAAUACGAAAAUACGUCAAUCUAAAACUCUCUAUUGUUAUUUGUGAUCAAACUUUCAUCUUAUCUUGAAAAAUAUUUUCGAUAAACAGCCAGACGUAAGAAAAAUAUUUCGAUAAACAGCCAGACAUAAAAUUUGCAGCAAGCUGGAAUCAAAAUUUACAACAAGCAUGAGGCGCACGUAACUUGUUAACAAAUUUUAAUGGUUGAUGCUGGUGUUCGCGAGUCUCAAACAGGUAUUCGGAAAGUCAAAUCGCGAUCUGGAGUAUGUUAUUUUUUUAAAUUUAUGUGACGUCUUAAAAGGUCAUAAAUAUGAUCAUCCGUCGUUUGGUUAUACAUAGUUCGGCCAACCGGAAACGGACUGGUGCGAGAAAACACAUCGUCAUGAAUAGGGGCUGCCUUCGGCAGCAAUUACAUGUACAUGGUUGUUCCUGGUAACGCAACUGGUCUUUUACAUACGUUAUGAAGCAGGCUACGGCCUAAAGCGAUGGUCUGAUUCACGAAAACGAAGCUCUAUAGCCCGGAAGCAGCAUGUAUGCAUGUAUUGCCGUAUUAAAUUUCAUGAAGCAAAUUUCAACCGAGCCAAACAAUGCAAUCUAGUGACUUACAGACUGUUUUUGACCAACCUGAAAUCUUGGAAGUUGUAUUAAAUUUCGACAUACAUUACCCCUCGUUAUCUUGAAUUUCUAGGUUAAAUGUUAAGAUGGUUAGCGAAUAAUUUAGGUGAAAAUUUCUUGGAAAGCAUUAGAUAAGCAUGAUUUUUUCUGUGUUGGUGUAAUGUACUCAUGUGAAUAUGAUGCUUGUGAUGUUACUCUGAGUGUAUAUCCACACCGGGCAAGCUUGUAUGCCUGACCACGGUGGGAAUAGAACCUACGACCUUUGGAGUAUUCGGUGGGAAUCGAACCUACGACCUUUGGUGUAUCUAGUAUUCCAAAGGUCGUAGGUUCGAUUCCCACCGUGGCCAGGCAUACAAGCUUGCCCGGUGUGGAUAUACACUCAGAGUAACAUCACAAGCAUCGUUAGAUCAGCAUUAAUUACCCAACAUCGUAUUUUGCGUUGUACCAAUAACAUAACGAAGAACAGAGAUAAAACCUAUAGAGUCGUUCCAUAACAGAUAUACCCUCAUGAAUAUUUUCAAAUAAUUGCUUAUUGAAUUGGAAAAGGUCAAGACAAUCUCUUCAUGGUGCGCUCUAGGCUAGCGUCAAAAUGAAGAGUAAUUAUAUGUCAAGCUUCACACUACGACGAUGCAUGUUAUUACCAAAACUGCGGAUCCUUCCUCUCGCGCAAAAACCUGGGUCAUGUUUUCAUGUCAAAACAUCCAGAAUGGCGACGUCUGAUUGGUCCGCGAUAAAUUAUGCUAAGAUUAGCUAAUAUUAUUUAUUUAUUUCUCGUUGAAAAUAUUUAUCUAAAACUGGUUUCCACUCUACAAGUUGUUCAUGGUUGUUUAAUACUUUCUUUUCCUUCGUGAUUCUGUGCCUUCUCGACUUUGCUCUGUUUUAAACUAACUUCUCUACUCACCAGUUGAGCCUCGUCCCUCUUGAUAUCUUCGUGUCAUUACACAUGCACUGUGACAUGCCUCCAUCUUCCUUUCCCGUUCGCUUUUCUGCUGAUGCUGUAUUACCUUUACUUAUAUUUUCCACAAUAGUUUCAUAGCAUUUCAGCAGUAAUAAGCAUAGGAAUUAAUGUGGUCACAUUUCCUGCAUGUUUUGACAUGACAACAAUAUACUCCUUUUCAAUUUACUUGCUGUUUGUAACUAUAGGUUAUCAUACGAGGGACGACGCGAUAUCGUUGCCCCAGUGCAACAAUUAUUAAAAUAGCGGGACCAAAGCGAUAUGUGUGACAAAAAACGAUAUCAGCCGGUGACAUAUCGUUUUUAUGUCACCCUGUUAUCGCCCUGACAAAGGUACAAGUAUAUGGUCAUCUGUUCUAUCUUUACUGUUCGUAAUCUGUUCUACCUUCUAUUAUAGACGAGGAUCCUUGUGACGCAUCAUACUCGAGUUUUGCCUGACGUGGAUCAGAUUAUUGUUCUCAAGGAUGGCAUUAUCACCGAGGUACCUGUAUGAAAAUUGUAUGAAUUUCUUUGAGCUGUAUAUGACACAGCUUAUAUAUAUAUUUAUUAUUAGCAUGACAAAAUUACUGGAUGCUGAUUGGUUGAGAGGAGUACAAUUAUUUCAUUAAUUGUACUGCAGUACAAUUAAUGAUUUUCCCAAAACAAACAAAAUAGCGGAAAGGUAUUUCAAACACAAUUGCGAAAUGAAAUUGCCGUGGAGGAACUGGAUGAAAAUACGAACAAAAGCACCAAAUUUUGCUUGAACAAAAGAACUAAAUGAAAAUACAAACAAAAACACUAAAUUCCGAUUGAAAGUCUGGCAGGACUGGGCUUUGGCGAGAGAAUAUGAUGUUGACAUUGAGAAGUAUGUAUCCAAUUUUGUCAUGCUAAUAAUAAACAAGUAAUGUUCAUGCGAUGUUGCUCGUACAAUUGGGGAUUAAUAGUACUCGUGAUGUUUGGAAAUUUACCAAAUUGGACUCGCCCCGGCGGCUCGUCCAAUUUUGGCUGCUCGUCCAAACAUCACUCGUACUAUUAAUCCCUAAUUGUACUCGCCAUCGCAUGAUUACCUAUACUUAUAGUAAUCGUAAGCCAUGUAUGACAAAAGAGAAUUUCUUUCGCUGUUUCCUCAGGCUGUCGUCAGCCUCAUCCUUGUCAUCCUGAAGCUUUCACACCUGUAAUGAGACUGGAACGUAAGUGUGACGUCACUGCUUCAGCUAUACCACUGGGCUAUGCACAAGUAAUCCAGACUAUACAAUAUUGAACAGUGAAGAAACAGAGAGGGCGUGGGACUAGGCUGACUAGUAGGAUUACAAAUUUGGCGAAUACGUACAUAUAACUAUAUACUAGGCCAUUUCCGAAUUAGGGUCGAAUUCUCUUACAUGCAAAAUUUAGCACAAAGCCUCGACUUGGUGUUAUUGUUCCUGGCAAACUAUACAGUAAAGAAAGUAAUAUUUUGGGCUCACAAUUUUCGACUUUGCCUCGUAACCUGGCCUGAUUCAAGAUUACACAAUAAAAAUAACUAAUUACGCGCAUAAAAAAAGUAUAUGUGUGCCUAAGUACUUGUUUUCCCUCCUAAUUUUGACUUUCCAGGAUGAGGUUUAGGGUUGGGUUAUAGGGUUGGCCAUGAAUUGGGGUUUAUCCAUUUCCCCCUUUUCCUUCACGAGAGGGACGUCGCCAUUAUAAAGAAGUAAUCUCUAAAGCAAAGAGUUCGACCGCAAUAACGAGGCUCUAUUGCUAAGAAAGCGACAUUCUGAAAGAGUGUAUUGACGAAUACCACGAAAGCCAAAUCUUUUGAAUUCACGGCAUUUCUGCAUGCUGAGUGUGCGGCAAUAAUGCUCAAACCUGAAUAAUUCAGAUAAUUUCGUAAUGUACAGUCAAAUUUUCCACUGUUUUGCGCACUUUUGAGGAACAAGUGAUUAAGGCAUAUAUUUUGUAGAUGGGAAUUUGGAGUGAAAAUUGUAUACAUUUUUGGAGCAGGAGCAGCUGUGUUAGGCGCUCUAUCAGGAAUCGAACGUGCGGCUCUCAAAUGCCCAAAAUCCUGGUGGUUAAUUUUACUUAUUUGUUUUACAUAUUUGAAGUAUGUAUUUCAGUAUUUGUACAACAAGUCCUAUAAACUAAACUAUAAACAUGAAGACUUCUGAAUCUUGAACCAUUUUAUUCCAUAUAUUAAAAAUAUUCUAUACAUAUACAUAAAUUAUAUAGAUAUAAUUAUUUUCUUUUCGUUAAGUGUGGAACAUAUUCAGAAUUGGUAAGCAACGAAGGAGCUUUCUCUGAAUUUCUUAAGACGUACGCAGUGGAACUGGAAAAUGAUGAUAAAGGUAAUGUGCGUAUGCAUGUAUUUAUAGAAGAUGGAACCAGACUCAAUCCCAGUUAAGGUUCUGAACAUUGAGCUGUUGACAUUCCUGAAUGAAACAAUCCAAUGCUGAUAAAGUCUCAUCAAGUGAUUCGACACUCUCGCUAGCUGCUGUUCUAACAGAAACAGCUAGUUUGUUUCUUUUCUGGAUGUCGCAUGCCAUGUUCUCGCAGGGUUAGUUGUCGAUCUCUGACUUUUUGCGAUAUUUUAGGCAGGUUUCCAUUGAAAUAUGCUGAUAGUAAUUCACAUGAAGUAUUGAAGAGCCAUUCACUAGAGCACCUUGUUUACCAUCCAUCAACGUUAAUCCAUGUUGUACCUCUUUAACAUGUCUUCACUUUCACUACCAGUCUGCCAUGUAGAACUCUCGUCUUCGUCGGUUAUCAGCUCGACUCGAUUUCGCAAGAAUAACUGCCAAAUGUAAUAUAUCAAAUCCGACUAGGAGGAAUUUAUAUUAGAUCAUCCCCCUGGGACUGAACUAAAAUCCGAUAUGACAUCAACCUGAUAGUUCAGGAUCUUCAACUCCCCCCCCUCCCCCUCCCCGAAAUCUCGCCACGCGAGGAGGGGGAAAGCGGAGGUGAAGGUCGUAAGUAUCAGGUUGACACGACAUCCCAAUUCGCACGCAAAUGAAUAUUAAGUAUUUUAAAAGAAAUUUUUGUUUAAAUUGACGAAAUUUCUAUAUGCUAAUUAAGAUCACAUGUCCAGUUGUGGUUUCCUUUUUUUCCAAUUAAUUUAUUAUUCGCGAAUUGACCACUUGCGUAAUAGACUAAAUUCUGAUCUCAAUAAGUCUAGACAGAAAUUUCAUCACAGCUUGAAAGAGCAUCACAAAAUUAGCAAUAUUCCAAAGUUUCGUUGCGAAAUGUUGUAAAAUGGGGAUAAUAUAGCCUUGCGAAGUUUGCCGUUUUUCAGUCAUUUUCUAUUACAAACGGGAAAUUGACAGCCCCAAAGGGUAUUGUAACUUCGUAACUUCGCAAGGCUAUAUUAUCCGCAUUUUACAACAUUUCGCAACGAAACUUUGCAAUAUUACUAAUUUUGUGAUGCUCUUUUAAGCUGUGAUGAAAUUUUUGUCUAGCCUUGUUUAGAUCAAAAUUUAGUCUAUUACGCAAGUGGUCAAUUUGAGAGGCAGUUGCAAUAAAAACUGAUGCAAGAACCCCACUGAAAAACAUGUGGUGUUCUGGCUAUCCUGGAUAAGUACGAUUCUUAUUAUCAUAGUAUUUUCCCCGUUUUUUAGUUUCUUUGUAUUUUCAGAUAAAUCUUUGGUCGAUGGAAUGUUGAUGGAUGAACAUGGAUCUCCCCUUGACUUUAAACGGAUGGUCAGUGUUGUGACGCAACAAAGUGAAGUAACCAAUGAACAGGAUGCCGCUGGUCAGAAACAAGAGCCUGAAAACAAAAUAAUUGAAGAUGAAACAAUGGAAUUAGGACAUGUAAGAUUUUUGCAAUAUGUUUAGUCAGACUUACAAACAGGGUGUUAGCCAGAAUUUCAAAAAUAAUUUUGUGGGCGUGACCACAAUUUUUUGUGGGCGUGGUCACAUGUUUUUGGGCGUGGCCGCAAUUUUUUGUUGUGGAAUUGUGGUGUUCUAUUCGUUGAACCUUUUUACUUUUAGAUGCACAUUCCCGUCAUUAAAUUAGUAAAAGCACACGUAUGGUAUGAACCGUAGUGUAGUGUUUAGUUAUUUUUUUAUCAAUUCGUUUGGCUCAUGGCGUUUGGCUCAUUUUACAGCCAUCUUUACUCGGUAACUGUAACUCUAAAGCAUGUAGCGCUCGAGCGAUAAAGCGAUUGCUGUUUUUUAAAACAACGGUUUCAAAUUAUUCUCCUUAAUACUUCAUGCGAGAAUCAUGAACAUGGUUACAAAAACAUGGCGCAUUUGUCGAUACUUCAAUUCAGCCAUGUUCAACGUGUUUUCGACGGGAAAAAGUAUGAAAACAUAUACCAUAAGUAAAGUAAACAGCAGAUGGCAACAAUUCGAAGUAUUCAAGAAAUAUUACAAAGCUUGUAAAUUGCUAUUUAAAUUAAAGAAAAUAUUCCCUUAGGCCGUCCAUGGUUGUCCAUUAAAAUUUAGCCGUCCGAAUUCAGAAAUGGCCGUCCGUAGGACGAUCGGACGGCCGCCUGGCUAACACGCUGCUUACAAACUCGUUUUCAUCGUAGUCCAUCCCGGUAAACUUACUUUGCCAAGCCGCAAAAUAGAAGAGCUUUGUUUGAUGUUGAACUAUACCUCACCUGAGAAGACUUGUAUGUUUUCUAUUUCUUAAACAGGGAACUUAAACAUUAAGUUAAACCUAUUCCAAAUACAUUUUCAAACUAUUCAAAUGAUAAAAGUUGUUCCUUUGUCUCAACUUCAUGAAAUAUUAUUCAUCAUGACUGCACGUUUCAUCUCAGCUAUCCCUAUUGGACGGUUACGUAAUUAUUCGAAAAUACAAUGAGCUCAAUCACCGUGAGCGUGCACAAUAAACUCAGACAAAAGCAUAUAACAAACCCCUCUGUUUAGUUUCCAGACCAUCAAUUUUUUACAGACUAUGUUUCCAUGUAACUUGUCGUAUAGUUGGCGUCUCCUAUAUAUAAUGCACAUUGAUAUAAAUCUGGAUUAGUAUAGGUAGUAGCUUGGCUGGAAAAAAACAUGCACGGGUGAGUUUGGCAAAUUUGGAAAAAAAUUUCGCUUGUCUUAGACGUAUGCAAUUUGAGGUGUACACGAUAAUAUGCUCACUUUACGGUCGUCGGUAAGCAUGAGUAGUUCUAUCAAUGACUAGACCUGGAAAAAGUGAUUCUUGUUCAUCUGAUUCUGAAUUUGCCUUUUUCAAAUGUUCUUGAAAAGUGUGUAAAAUAUGACUUCUUAGCCCAAUAUGGAAAAUUAUUAAGGUAAUUCCGCAGUUUUGCAUUGCGCACUUUUACUGCGCACAUCUUAUAACUUAUAAUUUCAUCCAUUAUACGUACCGUUUAAAAAAAAUAUCAUUUUAUGACAAUUUUAUGUUACUUCAAAACAUCUUUGAUUACAUUCGUGCAAAGAAUUACGUUAAAAUCAAUGUUUUCAAGUUAAAAAAGGCAUACAAAAGUGUAGCUAGGGUUCUCUGUGUCUGUAGUAUAUUUAUUUACUUGUUUUUCACGUUUUAAUGCCACAAUUCCCUAAAAAGAUCCGUGACCCCCGUUUUUUAACUGAUAAUUUAUUUCUUUAAUGCAUUUUACAUUUCAUAUCCGAAAUUAAAAGAAAAAUCAUUUCUGGAUCUUGAAAAAAAAAUGCUUUAUCAAUGCAUGUUCUCAAAGAAAGAUGUGUAAAGAAAUGUGCAAAAGACAUUUGUGGACCAGAAUUGUACACGUUAGUAGUUUCAUUUUGCUCAAAACACAAUAUUUUUUCAAAAAUAAUUACAAGAUAGGUUUAUUAAAGCAAAACCCGCGCUAAAAACGUCAAUAAAUAUCGGGCUGUUGUGAGUAAUGAGCGUCAAGAUGGCGCCAUAUUGGGUAAAGGUGGUAUAUUGUGAUUGUCAUAUCUUCUUAACAAGUUCGGUGACCCCGACUUUUUUGUGUGAUUUACUUUAAGUAUAUCAUAAACUCUAUGCCUGGGAAGUUUCAGCACAUUCUCAUUUCGGGAACAAAUACUGCGGAAUUACCUUAAGUCGAGACUUCAAUAUUGGGCGAAACUGAUGGUCGAGCCCAAUAUUGACGUAAUCGCUUUACAGGUAACUGCGUGAGAUUGUUAGUUUUUUCGGAAUCAUAGGCUUUGGUAUUUAUUUAAAUGUAUGUCUUCGCGCUUGUGGUACCCUUGUUGUGCGCAUGCUCCAGGGCACCGCACUGCAAUAUUAUUCCAGGCUAUUCAAGGUAGUCGUUACUCUGGCACAAACCUUGACUCUAACCCUAGCACUUGCUUUAAUACAGUACAUCUAACUAUUUUAACCUACUUUAAUUUGUUAUUACGUGUUCCUACCAUGAAGUGGUAUGGUUGGCACGGUGUAAUUUUUAAAAAUAUCUAAAUGCAUUUUAUAGGUCAGAUUCUCGGUGCUUUUGUCGUAUUAUGUAGCCUUGGGUAUCGGCUUUAGUGUCUUCAUCUUCCUAUCCCUCAUUCUCUCGACCGCCAGCCUCGUCUCAUCUCAGUUAUGGUUAGCGCAUUGGAGUUCAUCAAAUAUUACCGACUCUUCGGAAAACACUCGAUUCCUUGGAAUCUACGCUGGCGUUGGUAUUGGUCAAGCAAUCUUUGUAACCUCAAGCUCAUUUUUGAUGGCAUACGCGUCAUAUAGGGCAUCAACUGCACUCCAUGAGAAGUUAUUGGUGAAUAUUAUGCAUCUUGCUUUGGCGUUUUUCGAAGUUACACCCACUGGUCGUAUUCUCAACAGAUUUUCAAAAGAUAUUGACAUGGUAGACAGUGUCAUACCCGCUGUUCUGCAACAGUUCUUAGGCUCGUCAUUCAAUGUUCUUGGAGUUAUAUUCAUUAUAUCUUUCACGACGCCUGUGUUUCUUGCUGUGUUGUUUCCAAUUGCACUGCUGUAUUUCGUAACUCAGGUAUGUCGACUUUCUGUUUAAGUGCAUUUACGAGAUAUAAAUGUACUAAAGGUUAAUCUAGUAGGUCAUACCAAUCAACGGGUAAUUUAGGAAUAUCCAGCCUUCGUACACGGUCGUUCAACGUUAGGUUAGUUAGAACUUCUAUUGGUCCAGACAAGAUUUCUGAGAAAAUAUCUCCGAUGUUUGUAAACCAGCUGUUGGGGGUAUUAUUUUGACAUUUUUCCUUAACCUAGUAUUAAGCUAUAACCGACUUUUGAACAACCGGCCUCUAGGAUUAAAUAUACAUAUAGACCGUGAAUUUUUCUUCUCCAUGCCUAACAUUGGUGGAGGACACUGUGCGAAAUAUUGGGAAUGGGUGCGAAUUUAGGUUGCCAACAUCAUCAUGACUCUCUUCUUGCUACAAAAAUGUUAUAAAAUUUCUGGGGCGUUUGCCUAAUCAUAUACCUAGUCUAUAAAUUAUUAAGGCUUUCAUGGAUCUAAAAGCUGGUUACACAGUUCAUCACCUAUCACUACUGAAAGGCUUUGAAAUUAUUGUUCCCCUCCUGUCUUCCACUGAAUCUAAUAUUGUUUUGGUUUUCUAGAGAUUCUAUAUCCCCUCGUCAAGACAAUUAAAACGUUUGGAAUCAGUGAGUAACUCUCCAAUAUACAGCCAUUUUCUCGAGACAAUAGGAGGGGUCAGUACCCUACGAGCGUAUGGACAAGAAAAGCGGUUCAUUUUGGAGAGUGACAGUCUUGUUGAUCACAAUCAAAUGUCUUAUUUCCCAAAUGUUUCUUCAAACAGGUAACACUUCACGCUAUUAUACAGGACCAUCGAGAGGUUGUGCUGGGCCCGGGACAAAACGUUCCCAGGGGGACCCCCUAUCACAUCAUAAUUGCAAAACAGGAGAAGCGGAAUGCGGAAUAUAAUUUAGUAUAAAUUUUGCAUACCAAACGAGCCUUCGCGCGUUCUGACUGGCUAGUUGACCAGUAAAUUUAACGCAAUAUUUACUAGCAGACUAGUAAAUAAAUAAAAUAAAUGCUUUUCAAAAGAAUGAUUCGGCAAACUUGUUUUCAAAAUCGAUGAAAUAUUGAAAAAUUUUGCCCAGGAAACUAAAGGUUUGCUAGUCUUGCAAUGCUCUAUACCAACUGAGCAACGAAGUCAAGUCGGUUCGAGUGAUAUUUCGGAACUUAUUUAAAUUUUCAAAACAUUCUCUUGAAAUUUUAUCUUUCUAAAAUAGCUGCGAAGACUAUCCCGACUGUUAGCAAAAACCUUGCCGUGAUAUUCUUUUAAAGCCAUUGUUUUGUAUCAUAUAUAGAUAUCUCAAACUGUACGGGAGUUUUUCUUUUGAUGUAAUGCUUUUAUUGUGCUGUUAUACGGUGUCCUGAAGCUGUAUUGUGUUUUCGAAACUUGUAAAAUGAAUUAAAACUUUAUUUCGAGCAUUAAUUUUACAUUUCAUUUUACCAAUUUGGUCUAGUGAAAAAGUGAAAAUAAAAUUCAUGGAAAACAUGUGGAAAACAAAAUGCGGCGCUUUGUAUAGUGAAUGUUAGUUUAAAAUAUCUCAUGUUAUUUGCCAUAUAUUGGAAAUGAUUUUGUUCUAUUUUGUUACUGAAAUGUAUUCUAAUUUUCUCUCACUGUGUUAAGGUGGUUAGGUAUUCGCCUCGAGGCUAUUGGAAAUUUCAUAAUAUUCUUCACGGCAUUGUUUGGUGUGGUAGGACGUGAUGGAAUCGAAAGUGGUCUCGUAGGAUUGUCCAUAACCGUUGCUUUGGAGGUAUGACCCAUUUAAUCGACGAAUUUUUUUUUAAAUUGAAGAAUUACUUUUCACGCCUCACAAACGUAAUUGUUGCGGUGAUCGCUAUUUGGACAGUGUCUUUUUCAGAUCUACUGUGUUACACUCUGGUUAAAAUUCCUGGUUAAACGCCCUGGUUAACCUAGAAAUAACCUAUAUUUGGGUUAAUUAAUCAAUAACCUAAAUGUGUUUUUCAGAAAGUUCCUUCUUCGAAGGGUUCUUCUUAGCUAUAUAUGGAUAUGUCAUAUGUGUUUAAGAAAGAGGGUUUUUCCUCGCAACCAAACUAAGACAAUGCUUGGCGUAAGGGGACUGAGUUUGUCUUGCGUUCUAUAUGCAUGUACAUGUAAAUCAAGAUUUUGUUGGCAUCUCACCCGAUUGAACAAUAGUUGAAGGGUUUUGUAGAUGGAAGCUAUCGAGAGUAAAUUUUAUACACUAUUUAAAAAAUUCAUUAAUAAUUCACGAGGAAAAUACAAAAAAAAUGAAUGUUUAAUCAAUGUUUGUAAAUCGGAUAAAGAUUUGUCCUGAUUUACAUAAACUUCAGCUUUGAUUUUCUCGGUUUAGACAAUGUUUAUUUUUAAAAUUACUUCGCCAAUGAACUCAUAGGACGGGUCAUUUUGUAAGUACGCCUUCGGCUCGAGUUUGUAUAUCGGAUACAGAUCGGCUGCUCAUGUUUUAUCUAGUACUUAAAACACGAGGAUGCACAAGCACGGACUGCGGGUGUUUUAAAUGGCUUAAAAAACGUUGCAUCUUAUGAGUUUAUUGGCGAUGAAAUUUUAAAAAUAAACGUUGUCUAAGUCGAGAAAAUCAAAGCUAAAGUUCACAUGAUUUUUAUCAGAUAGAAAACGACCGACAUGGUAGUGAUUUCAUUUGUCUCUUCCUCAUGAAUUAUUAAUGAGUUUUUUAAGUACAUUUAUUGACUUUAUUAGAUCCAUGUAUUGAAGUUCAUGUAUACUAUCAAGAUUUUGCAGGGCCAUAGGUCCUGCUAGAGGACGUAGAGUUGCAUUUUUCGCAGCUGUUCCUGCAUGGUUAGGUCUAAUUAAUAAGUGUUUAUUAAAUUUACACUCGAUAAUUUCCAUCUACAAAACUCUAUGUACUAUACUAUAUGAAUCAGUCUUUACUGAUUGUAGAUUGACACUGUAUUUAUAUAGUGCACGCAACUAAAUGUUGCCCGUCUACUAAAGCACUACCUUGCGGAGGAUGAUGUGUCAAUUUGACAUUUUUAAAUAUUCUGUGUUGCACAGGUAACACAGAGACUUAAUUGGUCAGUUCUUAUGUCAAGUGAGUUGGAAGCUCGUAUUGUUGCUGUUGAAAGAAUUAAUGAAUACUCCAAAGUUGAACGAGAGGUAUUUUGUUAUUUUUAUGGUUGAGUUCCCAUAAAACGUAGACAUGUUCCAAGUUUCUCUUUCCCUCUCUUCUCCGUAGAAAUAGAGAGGUUUAGAUUUGACUAUUUCUCACUGGCUUAGUACGCACAUCUGAUUGGUUAACCGGAGGGAGAGUUCAGUUGUUGAUUCAUGUUUCUAUUCUAUACGUCUAAAGGUCAACGUUGCACCGCCUCUCUCUCGGCCGGACAUGCCGACUGUCUGAACGGUCGGUCGGUCAAUUUGUUGGUCGGUCAUUCAGUUUAUCAGCUACCCGCGGAAUUAGAAUUAUAGUACUGCAUAAAGUCUUGUCUGUCCGUCGUGUUUCUGUUUUCAGUCUGGCUGCUUGUGAAACUCGUCUAACAUUUUUUACCUCAAGCCUAGUUUAUAUCAGAACUAGCUGAAAAAGAUAAAGAAGACAUGACGAGUCAAGGGAAAGCUGCAAGUUACUGAUGCAGUGGUGUAACUUAGCGCUUCCCCCAGACUAUACAAUGAUGGUUAAUCAUCCUUACUUGAAUGAUUUGCUUCAAAGUUUGUUAAUAUGUGAGGGCAAAACUAGACCUCACGGCAAGUGAAAUGCAUUCCGGGCAACCAAUUUUCAUGUCCAACUUGCCCUGGGGCCGGUUGUUCGAAAUGAAGAAAUGUUUCUUUAGAAAUCUUAUCUGAAUCGAUAGGAGUUUACUUCUCUGACGUUUUGAGAUAAAUAGACGUGCAGAAAUAUACACCAACCAAAACAGCGGGUUAAAUUUUAACCGAGGGUUAGCGCUAACCCACCUUUGAACAACUGGCCCCUGAUUGCAAGUGAUAAGAAUAGUUAAGUUGCACCACAGUGCUAGAUGAAGGGCUUUGUUUGAAAUGACGAUGUUUUUUACUCUUGUUUCAGAUAGUCGAGGCCUAACCCACAAAAGUUUAUUGUAGAAUACUAUACUUGUACUGGUCCUUUAAUUUCCCAUAGGCGGACUGGAUCAAUGAAGAGUGUCGUCCUCCAGACGCGUGGCCAGAUAAGGGUGUGAUUGAAUUUGAAAGAUUUGAUCUCAGAUACAGAGAGAAUCUUGAUCUUGCUCUGCGUGGUAUCGAGUGUGAGAUCAAACAAGGAGAGAAGGUAAGUAUUAACAUGCACGUUGCCCUACGACCAUUUGACUUGGAAUCUCGAUAUGAAUAGUCCUAAGAACAUCUUUUAUAACUGGAGCAAAUUUGACAUAGAAUUCAAAAACUUAAUAAUUCAUGAGAAAACACAAAGAAGAAUCAUAAGCGUGUCGUGCAUUUAUAUGUGAUAGAGAUUUCCUUUGAUUGUAUUGUAUUGUGCUGUGCUGUGCUGUGCUGUAUUGUAUUGUAUUGUAUUGUAUUGUAUUGUAUUGUAUUGUAUACUAUUGUAUUGUAUUGUAAGUUUUAAAGUUUUGAAAUACACAGAAGUGCAGAUGUACCCAAAACGAAACCGCGUGUUAAAUUUUAACCCAAGGUUAGCGCUGAUCUAUAGCUUUGAACAACCGCCACUGAACAUGAAUUGAAAUCCUAGGUUGGUAUAGUGGGACGUACAGGUGCCGGAAAAUCAACAAUGACGAUGGCGUUAUUUCGAGUGGUUGAAUCAGCUGGAGGAAGAAUUGUUAUUGAUGGUAUUCCUAUAUCACAGCUUGGUGUACAUGAUCUGCGUUCAAGACUUACCAUCAUUCCUCAGGUAGAUGAUAGAAGAAAAAGAAUGAUUACCGUAUUUCCUCUAUUUAGCCCGCUUGGGGUUUUUUGCGGCGGCUUUAAAAUGGUGGCAAAAUGAGGCUGGGGUCUUUAUACUUAAGAUACUUAAGGCCCGGUCACACUACACAACGAUAACGAUACGAUAAAUUGUAAACACACGAUAAUUGGAAAAACAUUGUGUUAGUGUCCACACUACAACGAAAAUGAUAAAAUUAUCGUCAGACGAUAACGAUUUUAAAAUCGCUCACCCGAGCGAUUUUUUUCAGUCGGACGAUAACGAUAAAUUUUUGACCAUGAAUCAGCGCGCGUAUACAAGUUAUCGUAUCGUUAUCGGACCUGGGCUUUAGAAGAUGACAAAACUUCGGUAGACAGGGAUGCAAGAUUGCAUAGUACCUACACUGGCACAGACCAUUCAAGAUUAUACUCAGAGGAUGGCCUGACAGUGCCUGGUCGUAACAAGGCCUCUUUGUAGAGCAGGCAGAUUAAAAAGAAAAACUCGAACACAUGGAUUGAGCCACUUCGGACGUUUCAACAAAAAACAAGACAUAUUACUCUGACGUUUACAUUAUUGUUCUACGAUUAAAUAAACACAAUUCGUAUUUAUAGAAUGUUUAAUAGUGUAAACACAGUUCUUUGUAGAAUGUGACAGUCGAUUUCACAAAAAUGUUCCAAACUUCGUUCCAAAGUUCGAAACUUUCAAAAUUCGAAUUAAAAUUCAUAAGCUGGUUUGUAAACAAAUCCUCUGAUUGGCUCCUGAAUUAAAAGAAGCCAAUCGAAUGCUUAGUUUACAAAUUGGUUUGUGAACAUUAUUAUGAACUUUGGAACUUCGCAACAGAAUUGGCGAACUUCUAAACGAACUUUGAAAGAUUUUGGAAAACGUUUUGUGAAAUCGACUGUAAUAGUGUUCGUGUUUCGCUAAAUAGUGACCGAAGUAUAAUUUUGAGCUCAUAAUGACCAUUCCAUACCUAGGUAAAAAUUUUCGUGACACUUUUGACAUCUUGUCACGUAAAGUGCAUACCCACAGUAAUCUAAUUAAGAUAGUGGAUUAGUGGACAGCUCACUGAUUUAUGAGUUUUGUUCAAAAUAUUUUUGGAGUUAAGGCGAGACUUUUUUUAUUUAUUGGUUUAGGAUUUGACUUUAAAAAUAAGAGGUCGGUAGGUCGGAAAAAAAAUUUAAAAAAAACAGAGUAUAAAUGAGAACCAAAAUUAAUAAUCUUUAUAAAAUUUUUUAACGUUAUUCAAAAGCGCAAAACACGUGGCUAAUCUCCAUAUUGAUUGUCACAACGAUAACAUGAGCCAGCACUACUUAGAGUCAAAGUUUACUUGAAGUGUACUUCAUGUCAGAACCUCAAAUUAAUUAAAAUUAACUAAAAUUGUACAAAUUUUUGACAUCCAAAUUUUUUAUUUUUAUUUUUCACUUUCUGAAUAUUUACGGUCGGCGGAUCCGUAAACCAAUGAAUAAAAAAAGUCUCGUCUAAGCAGCAUUUGAAGAAUUUGUAAAAUGGUUUUCUGUAAAAUGUUAAACAUUCUUUCAAACAAACAAACUUUUCGCCAUGGAUCGGAUAGAACUUUCCAGAAUAAUUAAGUUGGUUUAGUUUAGUUUUAGAAAUAGAAUCUAUAUACGAUAUGUCAUUGAAUUUUUGACCUUUUUAUCGUAGGAUCCUGUGGUGUUCACAGGCACACUGCGUUUUAAUCUGGAUCCGUUUGGUCAGUACAGUGACGAACAGCUGUGGAAAGCGUUAGAUGUAACUCAUCUUAAGACGUAUGUCUCAAAUCUUGAAGAUGGUCUUCAACAUGCAGUCAGUGAAGGCGGAGCUAACCUGAGGUUUGACAUGAUAAUUAACAAUCCUUUAAGCAAUGGCGGACACUCAGAGAGAAGGUGGGGGAGUGCGACCGCCUUCCUCCCAAUAUUGUUAUUAACCAAGUGAUUAACAAGUUCUAUAACCAUGAUAUUUUACCAUGCAUGUGCGUUAAAUGUGAAGCAUAGUUUAAGGACUGAAAUUUACAGCAGCAAAAUGGUAGAAAUGUGUUGGUAACUAAAAUUCGCACCGGCACCAUUUCACGAGAUGUACCUUUAAGUGGCCGUGUAACAGACUUACUACUUAUCUAUUUUCCCCUGUCUAACGCUAUAAACGUCGCACUAGAAAUCGAACCAAAUAUUGCAAGUGUAAACGGACCUUUAGAUAUUAUAUGAACAACCUUUUUAUGUGAAUAUCACGCGAUUACUAUAUUUAAACUGAUUCUGUUGAGAGAUACCCUGUAACUGGUAUCCAGGCAACUUGAUCCAUGCCUAGAGCCUCCAAAACACUGCCUCACCCGUAUCACACCCCGGCCAGUUCAAGUUGCAAUCCUGGACAUUUCCAGCCCAUUUUGCAAAGUUAAUGCGCAUUGACCAAACAAAUUUUGUCGCCCCCAUCAGAGAAUAGAGCUCUAAAAGAAUAGAGCCGGCAUUGCAGGAAAAGUUCAGGCAAACGAAAGGGACAAAUUGAAGCUUGUUAAUGCGGGCAAAUUUGAGUUAUACCCGGAUGUAAAACCGAGAAAAUCUAUUUUUUCAACUUUUGGCUACGAUCAAGUAUUCAAUCCUGCUUUUAUCAACAGUCCAGCUGACUGUUUUACAUUUAUUUGUGGCGAAAAAUUGAGGAGUUUCCGUUUUAUAUUCGUGGAAAAUUAUAAAAAUUUGGACGUGCCGAAGUCACGAUAAAACACGAAAAAAGCACUUUAAAACGUUUCUACCGUUCUAAAAUUUGUUUUGUAUAAAAGUCCAGGUAUUAUUGUUGAUUUUGAGCUUUUUAUAGUCCAUGCUUGAACUAUGCUAAAACUGGAAAAAAUUUCAAAGUUUUAUUAUUUUCGUAAUUUCCCUAAACAUCGCGGCUUUGCAUUUUGCAACCGGGAAUGAGAGUAUACAUCCGGGCAACGGGAUUUUAGCCAAUCAGAGAGCCUUAUUUGCCCCCAUUAGGAAGCUUCAAUUUGUCUUUCGAUUUUUCCCGCAAUGUGCCCACCCUAUUCUUUUAGCUUCCUCCGCAGAGGUCCCCUUUACAUUGGCGGGCAAAAUUUGGUUGCGGCAAUUAGUAAAUCCAAGUCACCCAGGUGAACCACGAGAUGUCUGGGGAGGAAGCUAGUCUCAACCAGUUAUGUCCUAUUCUCGUCCCCCGAGAGCCAUUUUUACUCGGGCACUCGUUGAAAAUUAGGCUCUGCGUUAGGCGACUAAAGGGAGAGAUCUGAUUGGCUUCUCAGAGAACUGCUAUUUCUCAGAAGUUGAGCAGUUUUUGCUAGGCAAAAUUAUUCUUAUCAAAAUAUGUCAACACACAUACUUCAUUUCUUUGUAAUACUUCUCUGUGAAAAUUGUUGCGGGUGCUGAAGCAUCCCAAUGCAAUUGUAUGCGCUUUAGAAACCACUGCAAGUUUUCUUGCACUUCCGGUUCCGUGUAUCCCAGGGCCUAUGAAGGUCGCGCGCGGCCAAGCGGCCCUGGGAAUGAGGAUGGUUAUGUCCAAUAUUGUAGAUCCAUCCCUGACUGAGUUCUUGAGAUGCAAAGCUCUUUUUUUAGGGGGGAAGGGAAGUGAGGAUAAACAUUAUUUUAAACAUCUGCUAUGGCUUUAAGUUGUUGCCGUAUGUUGUAUAUCGUGUACAUGCAUAACAUUCACUAAUAGAAACAGUAACUCGUCCAUGCUUUUACCGUUACAACUUGUUUUUGUUAACGUUUUAGUGUUGGUCAACGUCAACUGGUGUGUCUAGCUCGAGCUUUAUUACGAAGAACAAAAGUUUUGGUUCUGGAUGAAGCAACGGCUGCUGUAGAUUUAGAAACUGAUGAACUUAUUCAACAAACUAUUCGUAAAGAAUUUUCAGACUGUACUGUUCUUACUAUUGCACAUCGACUUAACACUAUCAUGGAUUAUACAAGGUAACUCUUCACUUAAAUUUUAUAAACUCUAGGUGGGUCUGGGUGCAGGCUCCCCCAGAAAAUGUUUCAACUGCACCCCCCGCCCAGACAGCAUCAGGCCCGUACGCUUAUGGGUAUAGCUUCUAUAACUAUAAUGGAUAGAUUUUAUCUUUUACUGUAUAAGUAAUCAUCUUUUGUUGUUUAGGAUAAUGGUUUUAUCCAGUGGACACAUUAUAGAAUUCGACUCUCCGAAAAGUUUACUCGAGAAACAGGGCGCGUUCUAUGGCAUGGCAAAAGAUGCAAAAUUGGUUUAGUAUUUCAUUCAAAUAACCACGAACAACAUCACAAAGCUUCGUGUUGUUAUAAAAUAUUAUGAACUAUUGUUAUAUAUAUAUAUAUAUAUUGAGUAUAUAGCAUGCGCUUCGGCUUACAGUUGAGUAUAUUUCAAAAGUAUAUAGUCUUUAAUGAUUGAUUACGUAUAUAUUAAUUAUUAAACUAAUAGUUUAAUAGAAAGAUAGUUUACCGCAUGGUAAUAGGAAGAUGAUUGUCGACAAUAAGUUUAUUAUUUGUUUUCAAAAUGUGUAUACAUAUAUAUACACGUAUACUGAGCAUAUAGAAAUGUACGGUAGGUAGGAAUUUUUCAAAUGAAGUGCAUCUUACUAAGUUCUACAUCUUACUUGGUUGAGUAAUAGCAAGGUUUAUGCAUGCAGUAAAUAUAGUUAAAGUUUGUAGUGUGUAUAGAAAGCAUACAUCGGGCCGAAUGAGGAGGGAAUUUUUUGAGCUUCAUAAUUCCAUGUUCGAAACGAGAAUAUGGAUAAAUACCCGAAAAAUGACGUUGGAAAAAUACAUAAAAAUUCCGUAUUAAAUUGUACUGAAAAUUCCGUAUUCCAUGUCGCAUUUUGAGAACCUUCCUCCUUCCAAUUGGCAGUAAGCAAAAUAUUCCAUGUUCUCAAACAAAAGUGAAAGAAUUCCAAAUGUGCAGGUCAUUUUCAGAAUUCCCAUGCUAAUGCACCACAUGUCGUACUCGGUGCUCGUACUACAUAGGCUGUGUAAUUUAUACUAUCACUAUAAGACCCUAUACACCAAGUGUGAGACAGUGGCGUAACGUUAUAUCAGGGGGCCCCCGGUUCAAAAUUUUCGAAGACCCCCCUAGUAGAAGUGCUAAAGUCACGAGUCGAGCGCCGUAUAUGCACAGGUUUUCUAGCGGGUCCAGGGCAUGCUCAUCCGGAAAAUUUUUGAAUCUAGACUCUCUGAAAUGCCAUUUCCUGGACUUUGGGGAGAGAUUUUACAGAAUUCUGUUGGUCAGAAAACGACAUUGUAACAUAUCAGAGAGGCCUUGGCCAAUGUUUUUGCUCUAUCGCCUAAGCUUGGGGGCCCCCAUUUUGACCUAUUGGGGUUGGGGCCCCCGGGUUCUCCCGGUCUGAGCCCAUAGUAGUUACGCUACUGGUGUGAGAUUGGCUGUGAGAUGCGUGACCGGCUCUGCAUGGGAGCAAAUUUUACCACCCAAUAAUGAAUCUGUGUCACUCAGGGGCGGAUCUACGAUGGGGGUUCAGGGAGGUGCGCACCCAACGGCUUGUGAGCACCACCCUAAAAAAAUCUGCUUGACAUACAUUUUCUGCUUUUCGAAUAGCGAUUAGCGGAUCUUCUACUGUUAGCUCGUGUCCAUUUAUUGAAACGAUUCAAUUGAUUUGUGAGCUCACAAGAAAAUAGUCCGAAUUUUUAAAUUUACUGUACUGUGCUACAGCAAUUGUCCAGUCACGUAUACCUGAUAAAAAGCCGAUAUAAACUUUAUGAACAAAAGAUAAUGUAAAACGUAACAGAACGGUGAACAUGCGGAUUCGACCAUCUUAAAUAAUGGUAACGUUGGGACAGUAGCGUUGCAGAGGAAAGUGGACAGUAAUGCUCUCUCAUAUGGCGUUCCAUCACCGCCAAAAAUCAAUAUUGAAAUUCGACUUUUAACAUGGGGAAUCAACAUUUAAUUUUGCCCAUAAUUUUUCAUACGGCUUUUGACAAUUGUUUACCACGCAAACAUUUAACGACUUUCCUGCAUGCAACAAUGAACUUGGUGAAAAAAAUCUAAUAUCAAAAGUUGCGAUUUGCUAUACUGAAAGUUGUGAUUUGCACAGUUGAAAGUUGCGAUCUGUCAAGUUCAAAGUCGCAAUUUGUCAAGUUGAAAAUUGUGAUUUGUCAAGUUGAAAAUUGCCAUUUGUCAAAUUGAAAAUUGCCAUUUGUCAAGUUGAAAAUUGCCAUUUGUCAAGUUGAAAAUUGCCAUUUGCCGCCGCUUGUACAAAAGCCGCCAAAAUUACGUAAUACAAACUUGUCAUAAUUACGUCAUAUAAAUUCUUGGAAUCUUUGAUUCUUUUAUAAUCAUGCUAAAUGGGCUAUUACAUUUAAUAUCCGUACCCCCCCUGUCGAGGACCAAAAAUCCAGAGGGGUAUAGAGGCCUAUUUUUCCAGAGGAGAUAAUAAAAACUGAAAUUCCAGAUGGGAUAAAAUGUCACAUUUGCCUUUCCAGAAGGGUUACGUCAUUUUUCCAGUGGGGUUGGGAUGAUUUCCCAUGUGGAUUUCCAAUGGGGUCAAGUCAUUUUUCCAGAAGGACCAGAGGGGCAAGGCAAUUUUUCCAGCAGGGUGUAAAGAUUUUUCCGAUAGGGGUUAAUUAAACUUUUCCAGUGAGGUCAGUAUUUUUCAAGGGCUUCGAGAUGGCCUUUCCAUUGGGGUUGCAUGGGGAGAGGAACACUAUAUAAACUUGCCUCUUGCCCUCUUGCCUUAUAUUCAAUAAAUGGAAGCAUCAGCAAGACUCAAUCAUUGUAAGAUAACUGCCGGUGAAUCUAUAUUGUUUUAAUUAAAUAUCCCAACACAGCCUGCGAUGCCUUUUGGAAUGAAUAUUAAUAAUGACUUACGGUUCAAUAAGUACAAUAAACUAUAUGCCCAGCAUGACGUACACAUACAAAUAAAUAUCAAAUUACAUGCUUAUAUCAAACUACUUAAUCCACUCCUACCAUAUACGAUUCACUGGUAUAAGUAAGUAUACUGUAUAUGUUUCUUUAUUAAACAAGGGUAUUCUAUUGAGGUUUUUAUGAAUUAAUAGUAUAGAGGGCAAAAUAACUCAAAUAUGAUUGACUAAUGAUGAGGGCAUGAAACUAACCAAUAGCAAUGUUUUAGGAAAGUUGGAACUAGCUGACUGGAACAAUAAGGUAAAUUAGAAAUUGCUAUUGGUAGAUUUGGCAAAAAUACAAUACACAGGGCCGUAGGAAGCUCUUUUCGAUUGGGGGGGGGGGCUGAAAGUGAGGGCCGAAGGCCCGAGGUAAUUUUAAAUUUAGAGUCUCUUAUUAGGCCUUAUUAUAAUUUUAAAAACUGAGCUUAUUAUUAUUAUGAUAUUAUUUAUUAAAUGGAUAAGUUUAAUACAAUAAGUUUAGUUUUUGGGAUUUACCGCCAAAAUCGUUUGCAAUUUGCGAACUUGCUUGCGAACUUGGUUCGGAAUUUCAUAACGAAUUUCGAUAAUUUGAUCCGAAACUUCCGAAUUUGAUUGGCCGGUUUCCAAUCAACUUGAUGAUCCCGUGUUUAUAGUUCCUAAAUUCCCAACCAACCACGCAACUGGCGCGGCCAAAGGGCCAAAGUUUCGUGAAUCAACUGUAACAAUUAGAAUCAACUGAAAAAACCGAGCAAAAAUUUGAUGAACCAUCAAUUUGUCGUUCGCUUCAAAUCCACGAGAGAAAUAAAAGCACAAAAAUAAAACCACGCCCUUGUCAAUCAACAACAAUUACCCAAACUUAAAAUUUAGUAUCAUCAAUUUAUGUAGCCUGCGUAGCGGCUCUCAGAGAUUAGUCGCUUUUAGGGGCGUCAGAAGUGUGUGGGGGGGGGGGGAAGGAGCCCCCCACUUUUGUAGUUGCGGGAGGGCUAGAUGUCUUUGGGUUCCCACUUUUUAACAAUGGUCAAUAAUAAGCCACAAAGUUAAUUGAUAUUAUUUCAGUUACGCGUGUAGACAGAACAAUUUGAUAUUUUUUAUGACAUUUUGUUACGUUUGGAACUCUGUAAAUAUCCUUCUAAAGUGCAGGAAAUGGCAUUUCAGAUAUACUCUAGUUUUACUGUAAGCCCCUAUAGAUUGUCACCCCCACUUUUAGAGCCGUUCCGACGCCCCUGGUCGCUCUUUAGUGCUUUAUAUUUUAUCUAAGUUUAAAUAAAGAAGAAAUUUAAAACUUUAAAAAUUUUGACACUAAAUCGUUCAUCAAAAAAUUUAGAAUUCUAAAAUUAAUACUUGUUUUAAAAUACGUUUCGGACCUCGACUUUCGACCCUCGACUUUAGUCCUCGACGUUUCACCCUCGACAAUUACCCAAACUCAAAACCUUCCCAUCAUUCAGAUGAUAUAGAACAGCAAGUUUAUAAAUAUGAACUAAAACUCUUUCUUUGUCGCUUUGCAAUAAGUAAAAGUAUAAAGUCUAUUAAUAAUGUUAAAAUCGUAUAUAGAAAAAAUAAAUAAAAGCCAAAUACUGUACGCCUAUUGGCUAAAAAUAACAAUAAAUUACACGGUCACUUCCGUCCAUAUAUUUGCACAUAGAACGUGAAACUUUUGUCGUGAUAUUUAUACAGUAUUGGAGAACACAGAAACGCACUACUUGUAAAAAAGCAUUCUCAGGCAGCCGGACUACUCGCAUUGAAAUAAUAUGGUUGUAAUUCGCGACGACCAAACUAAACAGACACUUGGUUUUAUCGUUAAAUAUGAUUUAGAAGAAGACCUAACCCAAGUUCGGAAGCAAAUUCAGCAACAACUCGGGGCGCUCGUUCACAGUGACUUUAAAUUUAAAUUUUUUGGCUGUUCAGUAUCAUGUCUACAAGAGUGUAAUUACCUUGUUAAACAACGCAUUUCAAAAACAGAACUAAAAGUAUUCAAAUACGAAAUAUUUGUCAUUAAAAAUAAGUCAGAAGGGAAGGCAUCUGAAACUGUGCAAGUUCUGCGUUCGAAUAGCCCUGUUUCGAUUGGUCAAAAGCCAGAUAUAGAGACAGACGGAUUUUUAGGGUUUAAAUCUAAGUCGACAUCGCAAUUUGAAAACAAAACCUUAAAACCAGAAACUGGAACAGAGAGCAAUAGUCCGUUGAUAAGAAGGUACUCAGUCAAGGAGUUAGAAGAAUGCUAUCCAGACGAGCUAUUUGAAAGAGAGAGAAAACGUUUUGGGAAUCAAAAGGCAGAAGAAGAUGAAAAUGAUAUCGCCUUACGCCAUUGGGGUGUUCAAGCUUUAAAUGGAGUAGUGGAUGUUGCAUGGACUUUAAAGAAAACUGAACUUCUUCAACUGCAUGUGCAGAAGUGCGAAACUGUAUACACAGAAAUUACGAAAGACAAUUCAGUACUAAGUAAGUCAAUGAUGGGAAACCUCGACCAAGUUGAAAGGGCGCAUGCGGCAUUAAAUUGUAAAUACAAUGAUUUAUGCAGACAAAUGGAUGACGGCAAAAUUACACAAGCAGAUUUGGAUCAAGGUCUGGAUGAAAAAUUCUCUGUAUUGAAGAAAACACAAGCUAAUCUGGUUAAAUCAUAUCAAACCUUUAUUUCAAAAUGUACUAAGCGAUCUGGGACUGGGGAAGGUAGUUGUGGUUACAAACAUGAAAUAGAAGAUCUGAAACACGAAGAAAUGAACGCACUGGUUGAAGAUGUGUGUAUGGACGGAUACAUCAGCGAGUAAUUGUAUAUUUACUUUAAAACUGUUUUUGUUUGAGUUUUACAAAAUUAAAUUUUCAGUUUAUUACAUAGCCUACGUUGCAAGCCCUCGUUGAAGCAGAAAAGUCGGCAAAUAUAUAGGACAAAAAAAACUCAGCUGGGGAAAACCCGAACGAAAGAAAGGUAUUUCCUUGGGCUUGUGCGUAAACAUGUCAAUCAAAACGAAGGAAUGUAACAAUAUUUCGGCUAUUAGUAAAACCAGGAACACCGGAACAACAGAACACCGGAACAGCAUCAUUCCGGAACACGGAACACCGGCACACUAAAAAUUCUUAAUUUGUUAAAAAUUCGAAAAAAAAUACCGGGGGGUGUGAAAGUAUUGCUGCAUAAUUAUUGCGUAAAACGUGCCUUUUCAAUUUUCUGACUUGGCUGACUGAUAGCUACUAAUAACGAACAGAAAUCCUCACAGAAAUCAGUCUCAAAUUAAUAAAUAUUUUCCCGAAAAAUAGAAAUCAAACCUAGAAUUGUUAUUUGUUGAGAAUAAAUGGCCCAUCUUUGUUUGUUGUUGAAAACAUGCCAAUCAAAAUAUUAUUGGCUUCCUUGUUUUUACCGACUUUAAUAGCUACUUUUGAAGCGCAAAAGGGUUUAAGGGUAAUUUUCAAUUCUCGUUCGAAGUUGGCAUGAGCAUCACUUUAAUACAGACAGUUCUUUAAUAUUGAUCCUUUCUCACAUGAAAUAUUUUAUAAGCGGCGAUGGAUAAAAAACCUCUAGCGUGUGAAUAACCUUUCGCCCAAUUAAAAUGACAAAAAUACAAACAAAUAUAAUUAUAGGCCAUGUAUUAAGUUGUAUAUAAAUGAUGUUUCAACGCAUGCAUAUGUCUAUUCGUCCAUGUUUAAACUGUAAAUUAAACUGACACUAAAUGAGGGGAUUUUAAAAUUUUUACGAGUAAAAAUCCUACGACAUUAUCCGCGUUUUCGCUCGAGCCGGUUUUCGCUUGCCCUGAGAUUCAUUGUUGGCCGGUUAGUAUGGAAUAGCAUACCGAGCAUACGCCAUACUACAUAUAAAAAGGUCGCACACGACGAGGAGGUACUAGGCUAUAUGUCCUGUAUAUAUCAUUAUCGAGGUACUGACACAGUAUAGCACGAAAGAUUGCAUACACUAAAUUACUCAAUCGGCGGAAGUUGAAAAUUACACAUCUAUUUUUCAAGUGCAAGUUGUAAAAUCAACUUGUUGACAUGUAUGUAUGUAAAACUUUAUUUCAAUACGCUAACUUCGACAAUUAUUUACAACUGGUUUCCACGAAGGGCGUAUACACACAAAGAGCUAAAUGUUAAUUAUAUAUAUAGAACAAAAUAUGUAAGAAUCCCACCCUAAAAUUUUAUCAUCUUCCUCCCAAACCUCCACCCCCUAAACAAGUACCCACCCACCCUCACGCAAAACUAACCCCACUCCCGCCCACAAUCUAUAUUGUCCUCCCAUCAUUUGGUCCUGGAGAAAUUAGCUUAUCAUCUGCUUAAAUGCAAUUUCGCCAUUGUUUUAAAUGACGUAAUUGACUCAGCCGCCUUGACAUCUUGCGGGAGACUAUUCCAUAGAAUUGCUCCACUGUAUCCAAAUGUUUUCUUUAGAAAUUCCGUUUUCGGUUUUUUUAACGAGAGAUCAGUUUCGCUAUUGCGUAAAUCAUAAAUAUUCUGCGAUGCAUUUCUCCGAGAAAAAAGAUCUUUAAGGUUUGGCGCAGUGUGGUUCCCCAAGACUUUAUACAUCAAUACUAGCUUGUUUUGUUCUCGUCUCCUAGCCAGGAUUUCCCAGCCUAAUUUGUUUAGGACUUCAGACGAUCUUACAUCGUAGUCAGCUCCGGUAAUCACCCUUGCUGCUCGAUUUUGGAAUUUUUGCAAUUUGUCUUGAAGUCCCAAACCACAGUUAUCCCACAGGGGAGAACAGUAAUCAAAAUGAGGCUGAAUUAAUGUUUUGUAGACAUCAUGUAAGGUUUUGUGUGGAACAUAAGGUUUUAUUCUUUUAAUUGCUCCUAUUCCAGCGCUAAUCUUAUGGCAUACAGAAUCAAUAUGUUUCUCCCAACUUAAUUUUUCAUCUAGAUUUACACCUAGACAUUUAAAUGUAUUGGUUUGUGGGACUGGGAUUUUGUUAAUCUCAACGGGUCUAUUUCCUAUUUUAUGAUUUAGAUUAUGCGUAGAUCCAAUAAACAUGACUUUUGUUUUUUUCCUAUGAUAUUUUAGUUUGUUUUUAGCAAGCCAUUUAUGAAUACUGGAAAGGUCCAUAUUCAAAUUGUCAAUCAAUGUAUCGUAAUCAUGCGAAGAGGAAGAUAUCUGAGUGUCGUCGGCAUAAAGACAUGGGGUUGUCCUUUCUAAAAUGUCAGGCAUAUCAUUAAUAUAUAGCAAAAACAAUAAUGGACCAAGUAUGGAUCCUUGCGGAAUUCCGCAUAUUAUUGUUCUUGCAGAAGAAGUUUGAUCAUUAACAGAACACACUUGCUUUCUAUUCCUUAAGUAUGAUUGGAACCAUUUUAAUUCAAUGUCGUGAAUUCCAAACUGGGUUUUAAGCUUUUCCAAUAAUAUCUCGUGAUUCAACGAGUCAAAUGCUUUACAUAUAUCAAGAAAAACAACUCCAUUUAUUUUACCUUCAUCCAUGAUAUGUCUUGUAGCCAUUGAUCACACAUUUGUAUAAGAGCACCUAAGAUUCCAUGUUUUGGUCUAAACACGGAUUGAAAUUUAGACAGAAGCGCAUGUUUAUUCAAAAAGCUAUAUAUUUGAGUAAAAACUUCCCCUUCAAAUAUUUUACUUAUUAUGGGAAGAAUUGAAAUUGGUUUAUAAUUUUCGCAUUUACGCUUAUCCUCAGAUUUGUAAAUUGGUAUAACUCUAGCUAAUUUCCACUCAUCUAUAUAAAUACCAGUUCUAAUCGAUAGGUUAAAUAUAAAAGUUAUAGAUGGAGCAAUAAGGCUUGAUGUCAGUUUUAAAAUAUUCGCAGGUAUUCCAUCCAUACCUGUCGCUUUUGAGACAUUUAGUUUUUGUAGGCGUUUGGAAACACUAUCUAUAGUAAUAUCUGCGAAGUGAAAAUUUUCUUUAGGAAGAAGCGCAGUACUUUCAUAAAUUACUUGAUCAUUUAAAGCAUCAGUGCUUUGACAUGCUGAUUCAGCAGCCAUCUUCAUUCCAAUAUUUAUAAAAUAUUCAUUUAAUGUUUCAGUAAUAGAUUUAUCAUCAGAAAUAAUAUCAUCAUUUACUUUCAGUUCAUUAAUAUUUGCAUUCUUAUGCUUUCUUCCUAAGAGCGAAUUUAUCCAAGCCCAUCCGCUUUUACUGUCUCCCAUUUACUGUCUCCCAAAUCUAAAAAUGGCGGGAAUAAUUUGGUGUAUGCAAUCUUUCGUGCUAUAUGACAGGGACGUAGCGACCGGGGGGGUGUGGGGGGUGUGACACCCCCCCCAACUAAGACGAUUUGAAAAUUUCAGGUAAAUCCAUGAAAAACUGGCAUUAUAAUAAAUCAGGUAAAAAUUCUUGAAAACCCAUAACAAUAACAGGCAAAUAAUAGAGAAUUGAAAUGCGGAAAAUAGAUGAGGUUUUAAUUCUUUAUGGCUUCAUACGUUGAUACGUUCAGAGGUUUCCGUUUUUUCAAUGUAGCCAGGCUUUAUUUUACGAAAAGAAUAUGUUGUCUAUUUUACUAUUUCCAUCGGCAAAAAAAACAGAAUUUUUUCGCUAAGUAACAUGCGCUUCCGGUUUUGGCUCUUUACACAAGGUCAAGGUACGUGCAAGAAAUUAUAUUAAUUUCAUCUACUUUUUGAUAAUAAUACAGUGUAUUUGAAAUACAUAGAAUUAUUUGUUUGCUUAGAUUAAUACAGCAACAGGGAUAUGAUAUCCAGAUGUAAAUUUUGAACGUCUGUGUAUGUGUGAUGCACAUAUGUGAUGUGUAUUGUGUGGUAGUAGUUCGUUAAUAAUUCUUCACAAAUGGCCGAUAUGGCGAUAUAUACGCAAUAUUCGUCUAAUAACUACUAAAGAAUUGUCUCGUAGAUUUGUAACAUUGUUGAAUAGUUUAGGUUGAAUGAGCCGUUACGAGGGCAUUGUUUUAGCAUUACUGUUCUCUAUAUUAUACGUGUGUAAUCUUUAUGCAUUAUUUAUUAUAUGUGUUCUUAAGACCAUUUGUUUCUGCAUUAAUCCUCGUUUUUGUUUGCCCAAAAAUCACAAAAAGUCACAUACUUAGGUUAACAUCAAGUCUCAAGACGUUGUUCACGUUGUUCACUGUGUAAUAACAUUGUUUUUAACGGAUUAAAAUCCGUUCCUAAAGGUAUUGCAUCCAGAAACACCAGGAACAAAGCCCAGCAUUACACAGCGAAUUGUCCGCUUUCUUUAAAUAUGCGCUGAAGGAACACAGACGAAUGGAAGAAGAACGUCAGUCACAAGGUCUUGAGGCAAAACCCAUGUCAUGUACGAUUGCAGCGGACAUUGCUCUUAGGGUGGCCAAGGGGCAUGGUCUUUUCAAGUUGGCUUCAGAGCUUUAUAAACUAUUUCUGACAGCCGCCCCUGCCGUUGUGAAAAAUGAGAGAUCAUUCAGUUUACUGAGGAUUGUAAAAAGUUAUUCACGCAAUAAAAUAUCUGGAAAACGUUUGAAUGAUUGCAUGAUCCUUGCCGCUGAAAAGAAUAUCACUGAUGUCUUUGAUGUUACUGCGAUCACGAAAAAAUGGUCAAUCUUGAAAAACCGCCGAUUGGCGAUUGCUUGAAAACAAUAACUUAUACUAUUGAAGGUUAAAAACAUUACAAAUAACUACUAUGUAACAUUAUUGUUCAUUGUAUAGGGAAAAGCAGUUCUAGUUCAGCUAAAAAUUAUCUUUAUUAUAUAAAUUAUAUCAAUUUACACCUUUUCCCUACAUAAAAAAGGCGGAUGGACUGCUUCGACAAAAACUUGUUAAAAUUGACUGUAGUUAUUGGAAGGCCGAGAGGUAACUAAUCAAUGUGAUCAUGGUAUUUUAGAUUUAACUACCUAAUUGAUAAAAUGAGUGGAGAGUUCUAUUCGGAGUUCGGAGUACUCGGUUUGUAUAUGCUCGUGUUCUUCUCGUGUGGCUUAUACUCUUUAAUUUAGAAGAACAAAAAUAACCCAAACAUAUUCUAAUGAGAAAAAGUAGAUUGAAAAGCAAAAAAAAAUGUUGUAAAAAUAGAUGUGGGUUAAAUAUCUAGGUGAUAACUGUGCAGGGGAGAAAUGCACCACAACAUUGCAGUGCACAAAGAUAGGGGGUUUAUCUUUCAGGUAAAUUUUUACAAUAGUGUAAAAUCAGGUAAAUUACUGCAUUGCACCCCCCCAACUAGCACAUCUUCGCUACGUCCCUGGGUCCGUCACUUGCACACACGAGUAUCUGAACACUUGGUCUAGUAUCUUUUCCCAUCUUGAUAACACUGGCCACACCACCUCUCUUAAUGAUUUUAAGAUUAUUUCUUGUUGCUCCUCUCCAGACGAACUCCUCAGUCGAGAAAGUCUUCUCAUUAACAGAUUCAAACCCUUUCUCAACGUACAAGGUAGUCGGUCCCUCUACUUAUGCUCUGAUCCACUCCUCCUUCUACUUCUGCAGUAAUAUAAUAUCUUCUAAAUAGUUGUAAUUUAUUCAUAUUUCUAUGUUUUCCGCUUUGUAUGUUAUUGCUCUGAAGAUGUCGAAUUUUUGGACCUACUUAUUUAGCUUAAAUAAAAAUUCAGUCUUUUAGAAGCAUUUUCAUAUAUAUUUGACCAUCAUGCGAUGCCUAGAAGUUGUCAAAUUUCGCCUCUGAAUUUGGUCAUCGCGUGCGAACUUUUCCGCCGCCAUAUCGAUGCCGCGUAAAAUGAACGGAAACGAAGAUAUGAUGCCGUAUUUGUAGUAAAUUAUAUGACGUUUCAACAUAUCGCAGUGGAAUUUUUGCCCAUUUCACUUGUUUAUGGUGCAGAUAACUGAUUUUUUAAAAUAGAAAAACAAGUGCUAUAUCUUAUUGUUUAUUUGGCCAUAAUUUGGCGGCGCGGUAUGACGGUUAGCGACUGGAAUAAUAAGGUCAGUAAACCUAGUCAGUACUGCAUCUGAAAGUCGACGUCCAGUAUGAUAGACCAAGUGAUAGAGACAUUAACGCCGCGAUGGUACAAUAGCUGUAAAAUUAGUGGUAAGUAGAUCAUUUUUUGUGCAUGUAUAUUAUUGUAAUAUUGUCAGUAUUGUAUUGUGCUCGCCUUGGUUUGUAUCUGAUUGUUUGAACACAUCUGGUGUGUGUAACUUUAUAUUUAGUAUAUAAAACAGGAUUGUGCGUGACACAAAAUGAUAAGCUUUAUAAACACAAGCAUGCGCAUAUUCAUAGCCUAUUUGCAAUGCUCAAAAUGAUUUUGAUUUUGUUUGUAAUAGAUAGGUGUAGUUCGCAGUUAUGGGCUGUGGUUCUCUUGAUGACUAGUUUUACUUGGAUGGGCCAAAACAGAAGAAAAUCAUUUCCAAUAGCAAAGACACAGUCGUACGUUUGAGCAGAAAUGCGGUCGACUUUAAUAGUCUUUAUUGAGCUGGAUUAGGCAGAUUGUGACUGAGUCACUUAAGCAUUGAGUCAAAAUUGAGCCACUAUGCAAUAUCAUAUUUGCUGUAAUAUUUUGAAAUUAUUUUAAUCUUCAAAGUAACCAGAAGUUGCAUCCCUCAUGUUUUGUACAUAAGAAAAAAAAAUUUAAACAGUUGUCUGGUUGCAUAUCGACGUAUAGCAUUGUCUGGUUAUUGUACCAGGUCGUCCUGGUUAAAUCAACCCAAGUUCCAGGUUAGGCCUUUUUAAAGACAAAACAACAUCAAAAAGGCCCUGCAAAUCGGAACUGCAAAAGUAAUUUAUGUCGACCAUUAAGUGUGUUUUACCAAAACGUCAGAAGUUUAAAAUCUACUUGUUGGGAUUACUCAUGCAACUCUAAGGAGAAUAAACCGAUGCCUUUAACAAAUUUUUUCAUCCACUUUUCGUCCGGUUACGCCAAUUUCUUCCCGUGUUCCUCCCACCAGUUAUGGUUUGGAUAAUCUUGAGUCUAUUUCCGUUUCAACAGAAGAAGUUAGUUAUCUUUUAUCAAAUCUUUCUACUGAUAAAGCCACCGGUCCCGAUGAGAUAUCUGCCAAAUUGUUAAAAGAGUGUUCAAACGAGAUUUCUCCGUCUAUGAUAGCGCUAUUCAACAAGUCCCUUUCUCUUGGUAAAGUCCCCUAGGAGUGGGAGGAAGCUAAUGUAGUCCCUAUUCCCAAGAAAGGCAAUAUACACGAAGUCAGCAAUUACCGACCGAUUUCCCUGCUGUCCCUAGUAUCUAAACUUGCAUGAACAAGUUGUACAUGUAAAUAUCCACGUUUCUGAGUUUGUUCAAUCGUCGCUGAAUAAUUUACAACAUGGUUUCCGCAAAUGACGCUCUUGUAUAACUCAACUUCUUGGUGUUUUCCAUGACGUUGGCAAAGCCUUGGACUCCGGAAAGGAAGCGGACAUGAUUUAUUUAAACUUCUCAAAAGCCUUUGAUUCAGUGUCACAUCGUAAUCUUCUUUUGAAACUUGAACAGCAUGUUGUCUCAGGCUCAUUGAUGAGUUGGUUCUCGGACUAUCUGAAUGAAAGGCGUCAACGAGUGGUGGUCGAAGGAGUCGCGUCAUCAUUCCUCACAGAGACAUCAGGGGUUCCACAAGGCAGUGUACUUGGUCCACUUCUAUUUUUGAUCUAUGCAAACGAUCUUCCAAACGCGGCUAACCAUAGCAUAGUCCCAAUGUUUGCUGACGACAGCAAAUGCUACCGAGAAAUUUCUCAGCCACGAGAUAGAGAUCUCCUCCAGUCCGACUUAAAUCUCCUCCAUCGAUGGUCGUUUACGAGGGAUUUAAAGUUUAACACCAACUAAUGUGUCGUUCUCCAAUUUUCACGAACGAAAUCCUCAGUGACACCACAAGAAUACAUAUUUAACCAACAACCGAUAAAUUCUUCCGCUGCUCAGAAUGAUUUAGGUAUUCUUGUUAGCAACAACUUGGCAGCUGGUUGGACUCGAGUAGUAUGUAAAAUGCCGAUAUCUUACCACUUUUUUUCGUCAAUAUUGACCAUUUUUGUGAUUCUAGACGCUCUACAACGCUAAAUUUGAUGUACUAAUUUUGGGUCUCAGACGACCGUUUCAACACCAUUUUCAUGCUGUAUUUACCAUCGGCAACACACACAUUGAUGCUCACAGACCCUCUACGACCACUUUUUUUACUUUAUCAAUUUUUGCUUUCUAGACCCUCUACAACCACAAAAGUAGUGCUCAGAACGCAAUUCUAAAUUUUCGAGGUGGUAGGAUAUCGAUUCAUCAAUUUUUGAUGAUUCUCUGAAAACAGUGAUUUUACACGUUCUAGAGCCAUUUCAAAGGCACUUUUGCUCAUUUCUCAAAAUUUUUUGUACCUCGCCCGACUCCCGAGAUUUCACCGAUUUACCUCUUCUGGAAUCCUUUUAACAUACAUUUUUUGUAAAAAACACCACUUUUAUUUUCAUUUUCUUCUCUGAAUGACAAAUUGAGGCCACUUUUUACUGCUCCAACAGCCUCUCCGUUUACCUUCCCUAUCUGAUAUGGAAAUUAACUCUUAAGUCUGUUUUGGCAACCUAAACGGUGAUUAUCCUUGCCUGAACUUAGUUUUACAUGUCCAUAUGCCAGGCUUGAUAUUCCGUUAGUGAGCAGAAACCUUUUAUCAUCAAAGGCGCUCAGUGAGACCUUUCUUAAAUUGUACGUUCCAACAUCAUGACAGUUGCUUCUUAUAACGUUCAUACUAUGUUUCAUCUGAAGACCCUCCACCAGCGUCCUCUUAUAGUCUUCGUGAGUGAUGAACUUUUUGAUUACAUACUUUUUUACACCUUUAGCUGUCUUACCACCUCCCCCAUCAUCUUUCUCAUAACUGUACAUCUUUGACCGCAACCCAAUGAAUUCUCUUAUAGGUACACCGCCAGCUUCAUCCUUAAAUUUACCGAUGACUUUCUUAUUAGUCUCAUCAUAGAAGGGUGACUUCUUACUGUAACCGCUGGUAUCAUACUUAUCAGAAAAGUUUGCCGCAUCUUUAUAUGCAUCAUCAGUAUGCAACCUAUACAUUAGACUAUCUGUAUCUGUGAAAAGUAACUUUGCUCGGCUACCAUAAAUCUUUCUUAUAUGAUUAUAGUGAAAGUCAUACAUUACCGUUUUUGACAGAUCAAGAAUACUCAUUCCAAUAUAAACGGGUUUGUUCAAGAGUAACACCUCCUUUACCUUCUUAACCGCAACUAAACCGCCACUUAACACUUUAGCUCUUACAAAACAUGGAGAAGCAACCGCCUUCUUUAACCUAUCAUCGUCAACCAUCAGUUUUACGUCAACCCUUUUUCUAAGGUUCUCCAUUGUCUUUCCAAACACAGAGUUAUUCAUCAGUUUGAAGAAGUUUUUCUCAAAAUCAUUUUUAGCAACUGUUCUCAUAUCAGUGUUAAACUGGAUGUAACCUUUGAGCCACUUUGAAUGAGCAAACUCGAGUGUUCUUCUUAUUUUCACCAGCUUCAUUCCCAGCCCCAUGUACAACUUAAGAUUAUUCACAUGACAUACAUAGGAGGUUUUCCCAGUCAGCGUGGUUACCAACUUUUUCACACCAGUUGACCUACCAUUGUGAGCCUCUUUUAUAUACAUUGCAUAAUCACUUAACAUAUCAUCAGUAAUUUCCAUCUUCUCUGGAGCUAAUGGGUAAUCACUAUGUAACUUAUGAAGUUCACUCGGAUAUUCAAGAUCAACCUCCAGUAUCAGACCUUUCUCCUUACCUUUACCAUAAUCUUCAAGCUUAAUCUUAUCAGUAUUAACCCACCUAAAUUUCCCAUAUGGCAGCUCCUCACUCAUUGCGCACCCGUAGAGGUUAUUCGCAUCGAGAUACAUUAUGUAGCUACUCGGCUGGUCAGGAUCAUAGUCACUCAUAUAUUUAUUAUUAGCCUUCGCGUAUCUGUGACCAAUAUAGCUUACCCCACCGCGCAUUCCCUUCUCAAUGAACUGAUACAUGUCGACAUUAGAAAGUAAAUCCAGUUUUACGCCUGUCCUUUUCAGCAUAGCAUCCCAACUAAGUCCAGGAGCAGAUAUGUAAUGCGCAGGGUCCAACUUAUAACUGUCAAGACAAACUCUUCUAAAGUCUUCAAAUACAUCCGCUAACAACAACACGUCAGUCUUCAGAUACAAGUCAUGAUAAUCACCUAAAUUCUUACAGUCAAACUUCUUAUAUACUUUACACGCUCUAAGAUAGUCAUUAUCAUUAACCUCUUCCUCAUACAAUGAACUGUAGAAUGCAGAUUUCUCAGGCAAGCUUUUCUCAUCAAAUUUCUCCCAACAGCUCAUAUAAUCGUAAGGGUAAACUCCCUUCUUAAGUAACAUCUCAAGCUCCUCUCCUUGCCAUUCACUCUGCAUUCUCUUGGAACGGCUCUUAUCAAGAUUCCCAACAAGAGCCUCAAGACUACUGCUCAUAAACUGCAUAGAGUCAAUGAAGACCAACUGCUUGCCCACUCUGAAGGACAUAUACUUUUGCAUAUUAUUUGCAAUCACUUCAAUCUUCUCACCAAGUUCAGCAACACCUUGCAUAAUAAAGUUACCAUCAUAACCACGUAGAUUGUGAAACACAACAGGAAUCUUUCCAGUCAACUUAUGAUUCAAGUUACAUGAGUUAUGAGCAGCGCCUCUAAACUUACCAGUAACAUGACAAUGAUCAAGCACCUUCUUAUCACCCUCGCUAAACUUACCACCACAGAUAUGACACUCAGCUGCCUUCUCAAGUUUUUCAUAAUCUUUUACACUCAUAAUAACUUCCUUGUUGAACUCACUUUGAAUAAUCUUAUUACACUCCUCAACUUCACCCAACAGAUCACUCAAGAAUCUCCCGACCGCACCAACUCCCCUAUAGCUUUUAUAUUCACCAUCAUACUUACCAUCAUAGUAACACACUCUCUUGAAACCAUAGCUACACAUCUCAUGGUCAUGUGUUUUACGUAGGCAGUCGCCCUUCCCAUCAACAGGGAUCAGCAACGAUUCAAAGUCAGCAUAUAUUACAAACUGAACAGGUAAUUGUCUCUUAUGAUUCUUGAAUACAACUUUGCUACCUCUCUUCGGCAUCAUAGUUUUCUGCGUUCCGUUCACCUCUCUACAUGUCCCACUAUGUUUAUCCAAUCGUUCCUGUGAGUUGAACCCAUUAAGGCAACUAAGGCAGUAGAAUCUCUUAUGUUGAGUCUUACUUAGACCACUGAGUAACAUGCUAAUAUCCCUUACAAGGACAUAGUGGGUAUUUCCCUCAUUGUCCUCCAUCAGCAGCAACUCCAUAUGAUUCUUAUAGUCAAACUUCGAUGUAUACCUCGGAAAGAACAUCUUCUCUCCCUUCAACAUAAUCACGGUAAUUCUGAUCUCAUUUGCCUUCUCAAUCUUUGGAAUGUCAUCUAUCCUCACAGGAAACCCAAUACCGUUGCAGUUGAGUGUCUUGGCAAACUCUCUAUCAGACCUGGUAAUCUCAGUUGCCCUCUUAUCCUUUGGCUUCAAAUGUCUUACAUGACACCAUCUAAAGCACUCGUCAUCAUUAGUGUUCACAAUGUUAAUUAGCCCAUUCUUAUCGGACUUCAGAGGAGCAGGUAACUCGAUAAAUGAACUGCCAACCAACGGAUUGAAAUGAACAACGUCAACUUCAUGUUUCUCAACCAAGAUCACCCUCCAAUUGCUACCACGAUCCUGGUAAGAUUCGAUCUUAGCUAUAAUUCUCUCAGCACUAAGUCUCACCGCAUCCUCAACUUCACUUUCAUUCAUAAUGGUUAUGGUCUCACUUUCCAUUGGAAGAUCAACAGCAGCAUUCUUACUAAGAAGACCCUUCACCAUUUUCAGCACAAGAGUUUCGACAAACUUAAUAGGUUGAUUAAGAACGGAUUUGAGCAGAUUACCCACAAUCUCACGGCUAACAUCAAGUUGUCCACCAAAGUCAGGUCUACUUAUACCUAAAGAGAAUUUCUCAACUGUUCCCUCAUCACUUUCACCAGUCUUUGCAUAAGUUAUGGUUUUAUGUAAUGUUGGAGUAGCUGAUUCACCGAUAACCUCAAUUCCUUCCUCGCCAGCCCUCAUUGCCGCAAUAUUUCUCUUCAGCUUCCUGUUAUCAUUUCUGAGAACACCAAGACUCUUCCUAUUGGAUUCACCUUCCUUCUUAAGCUUCCUGUUAUCCUUCUCAAGAGCCUUCAGCUUUUUCUCACUAACUUCACCCUUCUUUUUCAAUUCCGCUAUUUCCUUAUCACGAGGCUCAUCUUUUGCCACCAUAGCAGCCAUCUGAGCCUGCAUCUUAGCCAUCAUCUCAGCGUAAGCCUUCAUCGUAUCAGCAGGAUUUUCCAUCUUCUUCUCUAUAUAAUAUGUGUCAAAAUUUUUUGCCGUAUUUUCUGCUGUAUUUAUUGCCGUAUUUUUUGUCAUACUUUUUGCCGAUUUGUUUUCCAUUUUUACUCUAUACUAUACGCGAUGUUUAAUGUAAUUAUUCAAUUUUCACAGACGGCCUCCACAAUACCUAUUUUACCUAUCAGGGAGACCCCUCACUAUCAAUUUCAGUCUUUACAGAGCAAUUAUCCAGUUUUCUGUUUAGAUCAAGGUUUUCAAGCUCAAUUCUUUUCUCCAGCUUUCUAAUUAACCAUUCUCUGUAGUAUUUACAAUCACGCGGCUCCCAACCCAGAAUAGGAUAAACCCGACCAAAUAGGAUAUCUUCAUUUUGUAGAAUUACCUCUUUACUCCUAGAGUCA